CGUUACUAUAACCCUGCAAGUAAACGAAGAAGAGAGGGAAAAAAAAAAAAAAAAAGAAAGAAGAGCAGAGGAAAAACAAUUAUCAACGAAGAUGCCAAUGUCAAUCUUUGAAUCAGCUAUCAUGAGAAAACUGAGCCUUUUCACAUUCGUUUUGUGUGUUUGGAUCUCCGUCAAGAAAACCACACACUUGAACCAUUUUUCAUUAUCUUCAUCUUCUUCAUUGAGUUCGGAAACCAGUUGGAUUUUACAAGAUAUACUGUUGGAUAGCGAGGAUUUUGAAGAUGAUGAGGCUCCUGCUCGGUCACUGGAGUAUGAUUUUUAUCGGGAAACUUGCCCUGAGGCUGAGAAGAUCAUCCGAGACAAAGUCCAUCAAUUGUUCAAGAUCAAGGCUGCUGUGGCUCCAGCUCUCUUGCGCCUUGCUUUCCAUGAUUGCUUCAUUGAGGGAUGUGAUGCUUCUGUCUUAUUGGAUCCUGUUGAAGGCAUGGAUUCUGAGAAAGAUUCUCCUCCUAAUGAAAGCCUGAAGGGUUUUGAUGCAAUCGACAUAAUCAAGUCAGAGCUUGAAGAAGUGUGCCCUGGUGUUGUUUCCUGUGCUGACAUUCUUGUUUUGGCAGCUAGAGAAGCGGUUCUCCUGACUGGUGGCCCAUUCUAUCCACUAAAUACUGGUAGGAGAGACAGCACUGCCUCUUUCUCUGAUAGUGCCACAAACGACCUUCCUUCACCCAAUGCUGAUCUAUCUGAAACCCUUGCAUCCUUUUCGUCGAGGGGAUUUGAUGAAAGAGAGACUGUCAGUCUCUUAGGUGCUCACAGCAUUGGACAGAUCCACUGCAAAUUCUUUCAAAACCGUCUAUAUAGCUUUGGUGGGACUGAUGAGCCUGACCCAACUUUUGAUUCUGAAUUUCUCAACCGAAUGAGAUCAAAAUGUUCCAAGAGCCACUCAUCAACAUCAACAGCACCAUCACCUUCUUUUGAUGGUUCACCAUUGCCAACAGCUCAAUCACCUUCAUUUUACAGCUCACUGUCAUCAGAAGCAGCAACAUCAGCUUCAUUUGAAAAAUUGUUGUCUUCGUCACCUAAGGAUCAAGGAAUGGCGGUGAGCUAUGAGGGAACUGGAGCAGACUUUGGCACAGUGUACUAUCGCAGUCUUCUGCAAGGUAAAGGGAUCCUCUAUGCUGAUCAGCAGCUAAUGGCAGGGGAAGAAACUGGACUAUGGGUUAGAGCAUAUGCUUCAGAUGCCUCCUUGUACCAGCGGGACUUCGCCAUAGCAAUGAUGAAGCUCUCAAAGCUCCAUGUUUUGACAGCACCAAGAGGUCAGAUCCGAAAAAAUUGUUCAAAAGUGGCAUGA